UGCCUCAUUUGACGUUGGAAGCAGAAUAAUCGGACACCGUUUUCACCUGUGCUCGUGCUAGAGGGUGAGCUGAAACAUUACCAACUUGCUAUGGAAAAUCUUAAGCAGUGGGAGAAUUUCGACACGAGAAAACGCUUGCGAUGAAUCACUACUCUCGUGCUCGUUCGCAAGCGAUCGCGUGAUCUUGAAAGAGGGAAAUCCCUCUUCCAUCCCAUGAGGAUCAAUGGACUAACACUCUCACAAAUGGUGCGCGCUCAACUCUCAGUUCUCUCGCUUCUUACUACUGUGGGGAAAUAUGUGACGAAGAGUUGCAUCUUUGCUGUGUUGGAAGGCGAAUGCGAACAAAAACAGUGUCCUGGGAAGGGGAAAAGUUUUGAUAUAUUUAAAUAAACGAAUCCCACCUUGUGAGAGCACGCACGCAGAGUUUCCCAGUCAGUCAGUUCGAGUCGGUUGGACGGUACGGACCGUUUACCCCAGACAAAACGAUACAACGAAAUGCAAAGUUGUCGCUCUUCGUGAACAAAGUGAAUCAAGUGGUAGCGAUAAAGAAGCAAGUGAAAAUUCACGUGAUACAAUACUAUCUAAAGCUCGGAAAAAAUGUGAUAAAAAAGAGGGAAAAUGUGAAAUAGCUACAAAAUAAACCAAGAAAAGGCUAGUGCAAAGAAAAACCCGCGUGACACAACGAAAGAUGCUCGAAACGUUACACCGUCCUGUCAUGUUGAGCGAGCGUUAAUUAAAAGUGAAACAAGUGAGACAAAAAGGUUGGCAAAGAAAAGAAAAAAACAUCUUCUACUCCUACAACUUUUGUUUGUUGGCAAAAUACAAGACCGUGUGAAAGCCUCACCAGAGGAGGGCUUCAAUAGACGGCACCGGCCAAGAAACGCCGUAGGUCGAACGUACGAAAGUUGGAAAGAAUUUAAGAUAUUUUUAGCCAACCAGAAGAAGGAAAACAAAUAAGCAAAAGUACUUCCCGCACUCCAUCUUUACCGGGAGGGAGGGCGUGAAUUAUUCGGGAGCCAAUGGUUUGUGUAUUAUUUCACUGCGGCGAUUUCACAGUAGCGAAAAGUCACGAAACAUCUAUCAAAUUAGUGAUCAUUUGAGCGAUUCUUCGGCGACCAAUGUGACCGAUGUGAAUAUAGCGGACUCGUACAGCAAACUAAAUGCCAACGGGACACACACACACAUACGCAGAUUAGCUACAUUUUGCAAUCCAUUUUGGCAUUUUUCGUGUGUGACAACUAAGACGGAAAAGGAAGGUAGAAGGGAGAGUUACCGGAUGCAUAAGGGCUAGCCGAAAAUAAACCUAUUCCGGCCACUGUAUUGCGUUACGCAUCGUGUUACGCAGCACGUUAGGUUGUGUCGUUUGUUUUUUUCGUUUCCCCCGAAAAACCUUCCCGACUCUGACUCACGUGUUUGAAAGAGUGUGUGUUUGUGUGGAACUGUGAAGAAAUUCCAAACCGGUCGCUUUGGAGGAAUUUUUGAGACGGAAGCACUACGUACCGGGAAGAUUAAUUUGCCACGAGAAAAUGAAAGUUAUUGGAGCUAUUUUUGGAACUGUUUUUUGAGUCAGUUCUGCUGGGCUGUGAUUACAACUGAGGGGAAUGAAAGACUGCUAAAGGCAAAACAGUGAUCGUAACGCUUAUCUAUAUUGCCAAAACAAAAAAGAGCCGUCCUACAGCUUCACCAUGUCGUUCUGUCGCAUUACCGGCAAAUGUCGGUCGUUACCGAAGCCCAACUACUUCCCAAUGCUGCCACCGAUCUCGCCGGCCGCAGCAAAGCGUUUCUGUCGCGUGACGGGUAAAUCGUACGGAUUGCCAUCGCAUCACUUCAUCCCGGUGACGCUCGUGAAACGCGCCCCCGGCACUGACCGCUGCCGGGUGACGAAUGUGUCGGCCGAGCUUGAACCACACCACUACCAGCCGGGUGCGUACGGUAACCGACGGCACGAGGUGCUGUGUGCGUUUCGGUACGUGCUGCCCGUGCUGGACGAUAGUGAUGAGGCGCAGCGUAAUCUUACCACCAUCCUGCAGCAGAAGACGAAACCGCUCGAACAGAGUCUGUACGUGUAUCGGGUGGAUGAGCGCAAUUUCGGGCUCGUUUUUCCGGCCCGCCUCGAGGCGGCCGUCCGCGACGGUGACGUGCGGGACGUGAUGCUGGCGAAGGAGUCCGACAAGCUGCUGAUAAAACUACGCAAAGGUAACAGUGUGAGUGUGCCGCUGCAAAGUUUUCAGCACACGGCACUCGAAUCCGACACGCUGUACGAAGGUGAAGGUCCACGGGAGGAAGUGAUCAAGCGGCGGGAGAAAGAGGACGCCAAGCGUCCGAAACCGAAGGCGAAAUCGAAUCUCUCCAGCAUCGCGAACAUUUUCGAGAGUAAAGAACGGGUAGAGGAGGAACAGAUCGAGCAGGAGCAACGCUUUAUUGAGGAGCAUCGCGAGAAGGCGGUCCGGUUGGCAGCGGAACGGCGUGAGCGCCAGCGUGCGGAAAAGCUACAGGCACUCCGCCUGAAUGAGCAUCUGCUCGAGCAGGAACCGGAACUCGGCGAUCUGGUGAAACCGCUGAUUGAAUCGUGGGAUUGGAACACGCUGGAACGUGAAGCAGCUGAUCGGAAUGCGGAAAGUGAAGGUGUUCGCAGUACGGUCACUGCACUGCCGAAACCGCUCAAUGUACUUCCGGUGGUGAUCGUCACACGGAAGCUGACGGUGGAUGAAGCUCAGCUUGAGCAUUGUUCCGGGUUGGAAGCGGCUUCGUACGUUGGCACGAUCACACCAGCCAAGGUAGAACUGAAGCCGGAACGAGCGGCAGCUAUCGGGGCACUAACACCCGAAAUGCUUAGUCAACUUGCGCAGCUAGAGGAGCGUCUUGCAGCAUCGGCUGAAAUGUUGCCCCAUCUAGACGAUCUUGCCUCCGUCAUGACACACCUGAGCCAGGCACAACCGACCGAAGUGGAUGGUGUGCCCGGUGUGAAGCUGAUCGUAAAUCAUCAAUCCGUAUUCGUUCCCGGACAGAUGGUAAUGGUCGGUGGUAAGCCAACGUUCAUACCCGGUCAAUCAUUCCCCAGCUCGGGAAGUUCUUCCGGUGAGCUUGAGUUUAUACCCGGUGUUACCAUCACCGGACAUGAUGGUGCGAUCCAAUUCAUCCCCGGUGAGGUAACGACGGUCCGGGCAGGAAAACAACCAUCGGCAACAUUCGUCGCAGGGAAAGUGAUCGAAGGGCAAGGGUUCGUGUGUGGUCAGGUGCUGUCAGUGAACGGUGAGCCACGUUUCGUGCAGGGACAAACGAUUGUAACACCGGAAGGUGUGAGUAAGUUCAUCGCAGGUGUUGUGGACGAACGUACGGGACAGUUUGUGCCGGGUCAAGCGAUCGAAACACCGGAUGGAUUACGGUUCGUGCCCGGCCAGACAAUUACCGUGCAGGGUCGGGAACGUUUCAUCCCUGGCCAAAACGUACCGAAUCCAGACGGUAAUGGUGAGCUAGUGUUUGUGCCGGGACAGACGGUUGGUAUCGUCGGUGGAGCGGAUCGUUUCGUGCCCGGUAAAACGAUCGUCACUGCCGAAGGGGCACGAUUUGUGCCGGGACAGUACGUCGGUGAUUCGUUCGUGCCCGGUAUCGUUGAUGGUAGUGGACGGUUUGUGCCGGGUGUUAACAUCGAAACGAAGGAAGGGUCCAAGUUUGUCGAGGGACAGAUCGUUCACACGAAGCAUGGUGAUGUGUUUAUGCCCGGUACUACAACGAUCGGACCGGAAGGUGAAGUGUCGUUCGCGCUGGCUUCCACGAUCGAUGCGGUACGGUUCAGUGAGGCAUCCCCAGUUGGCAUGGUGGUGGAUGGUGAGCGACUAGCGAUCGAAGAACCAUCCCUGUGUGUAUUUGGUCAUCUGGUGCAGAACGAUACGGGGGUUGAGUUUUACCCGGAGCGUAUCGGACGGGAACAUCUUCCGGCGGGCAAGGUGGUACCAGGCAAGCUGGUAAAGCAACUUGCCGAAUCAAAGUUCAUACCCGGUAUAAAGACGGAAGAUGAUGGUUUUAUACCGGGACAGGUGGUACUUACGGAUAGGGGAGAACAAUUCGUUCCCGGUCAGGUGAUUGAAACGUCUGAAGGCAUGAAGUUCGUACCGGGUCAGAUUAUCGAAACGAAGAGUGGUCCCAAGUUUGUGCCAGGCCAAACGAUGGAAACACCGGACGGGCCACGCUUUGUACCGGGACAGAUCAUCAAUACGCGGGUCGGACCAACCUUCAUACCGGGUCAGGUGAUAAGCACCGAUGACGAUGGGGAAAAGUUCGUCCCGGGUCAAAUCGUCGACACGGAUGAUGGGCCACGGUUCGUGCCGGGUCGUGUAGUGGAGUCGGAAAAUCGCGUCACCUUUAUCCCGGGCCGUAUCGUUCAGACAGCGGACGGACCACGGUUCGUAGCACCAGAUCUGAAAGACAACGAAGAUGGGGACGAAGAGUUCUCGGUGCAGAGUUUCACCGUAACGCCCGAGGAGCUGAAGCUGCUGAAACCCAGCCAACCGGCAUAUGGUGGAGCCGUUUCGGGUGAGAGCACGCUUGUAGUUAGUCUGGAUAGUACGAUCCUGCAGAGUCUCGCACAGUCGGGAAUGCCCAUCGGACGUCAGGUGGAAGCUUCCGCCGUAGACUACGUACUCGAGAGCACGAAGGAACGCAAAGCCUUACAACAGUUUCUGGCUGAGAACAGUCUGCCAGGUGCGAAGUUGGACGUACUGGAGAGCAUCUUUGAUGGGUUGAAACAGGUCUGCCGGAAGGUGGAUCGUGAAUCCCUUCAGUACAGUGAUGCGCAUGCACCGAAAGAUGAGACGGUGUGUAAUGGAUCGAUCGGCGUUGUAGAAGCUCUUGCCUCCAGCUUAGCCUCAAUCCUCACCGAAGCUCAGGGAUCCGAUCCGAACGCACCCGAGCGUUCCAUGUACGAGAUGAUUGCGGAAGCGAUCAAGGCAUCCACUGGCGAAUAUACGGUGGAGGAACUGCAGCACGUCAUUCAGUCUCCGGAAGCAGUGGACUACCUGUUCGGUGCUGUUAAUCGUACCAUCGUUAAGAACAACAUCGAUCAAAAGUUACGAACACUGACGGCACUCAUGGAGGAGGAAUCGAUGGGCGAAGAUACUGAACCGGGUACUGGAUCGCUUCCGACCGGAGCGAUUGAGGAGUUCUGUGAGCUACUCGAUAAUAGUGGAAUGUCCGAGGCAUUUGUAAAUCUGCUCAAAAAAGACGAAAAUUUGUUCAAAUCGAUCGUUACCAGCCUGAAGAGUUCCGGUGUGGUAGAGGACAGUGUGAACAUCUCGGAGAUAUUGCAAACUGCAUUGGUAGAUAGCAUACAGGAGCGAGCACAGGCAGCACUAGUCGAGCUCGUAGAAGAUCCACGUUCGCAUGACGCAUUACGCACGCUGCUCCGUAAGUCGGAAGGACUUGCGCACGCACUUGGUCACGCUAAAGAAGCGGAAGCUUUACAGUACCUGCUGACACAUCCGGCCGCUUUGCGUGAUCUCCACAAGGAGGAUGAGCUGUUCACCAUUAUUAACCGUGUUCUGAUCAUGGAACAGUUGGCUGAAGACGAUGACGAGUAUCGGGAGCUAAUGGAUGGACUCGAGCGAACACCCGCGCACGCUACCAAGAGUGACCAGUUGCGGGAACUCAUACGACAGAGUGGAGCUUUAUCGCAUGCACCCGCCCGGCGUCCCGUGAUUGAGUCUUCGCGCGAUGUACCACUUUCGCUGUUCUACACCAACAAUCAGCUAGCGAUCGAGGAGUUCUUCCUGAAGAGUGGUCAAUGUCAGCGGCAGCAGUACCCGAAAGCGUUCCUCAUCAUUAAGCGGGGCAUACAGGCGGUGAUACCGCGUGAGUCUAGCCACGAAGUGUUGGCGGGAAAGAUCGCCUACACUGUGUUGGAUGAGGACGGUAUCCGCCACUUCCAGCCGAUGAAUGUGCUGUCCGCGUUACGCAUCACACCGAAGUUCCUGCACCGGUUCUCGAUGUACAGCUGUGAGGUACAGGAGGAACCGGACUAUGAAACGCUCAGCAGCAGCGGUAGUAGCAGCCAUGAUGCGUUGGAUAAGGUGGAUGAGGCAGCAUACUUCUAUCGACCACUGUCACGAAGAGGAUCGCUGCGUGCACCUGUCACAACACCUGUGAAUGGUGUUGCUCGCAAACUCGAACGGCAGGAAUCGUUUAGUCCGCGGCUGGUAACACGCAAACUUCCUCCAAUAAAUGGGUAUCAUCCGGUAGGCUCAUUGCCACCACUGCAACCACUGUACCAACCGUUGCACACCUUCCCCACCGUCGUCACGCAUCAUCAGCAUCUUCAGCAGCAUGUACCUUCACGACAGCAUCAACAGCAACAUCAACAGCAGUACCAACAGCAUCAUCAUCAUCACACCCAGCAUUACCAUCCUGCAGCAAAGGCAGACAAUGUUAAGCAGACUCUACCGAUGGCAAUGAGGAUAGCGAUCAAGGCCUCGCUAGCACAAGGGCGCGAACCAUCGACCUGCUAUCGCUCCAAUAGCCGGGACUCGAUCUAUCGAACGUCAUCCCGUACUAGUGUCCACGACUGGAGCUGGAAGUGAUAUGUAGUGGUGCUUCAUCGGCUAGCUGUUUGACAGCUGUCACGCUACUACUACUACUGACCGUUGACUUUAGAACGUUUGUCUUUCUUAAUGAUUAGUUAGUUAGAUGAUAAGAACCAUGCUAAGCAACCGUCUUGAAGCUGAACUGAUCUUGAACGGACGUACACACAUACACUUUGGACAAGUGAAACUGUAAAUUACUCCCAAUAAAACCUAUCUGUAGAGAAACGCUUCAAACAAAAAAUGAGGUACGGGUAACCGGGUAAGAACGCGUUAUUUCACCCCGUACGUGAUAUAUCACCGUUGUGCUGACGUUUGCAGUUUGGAUAUAGCGCGGUGCAACAAAUACGAAACUGCGACCUAAUAUUUCAUCCUGCCCGGCACGUACAUUUGAUACUCUCCAAUGGUACGGUAAUUAGUCAACGGAUGGAGACGUUUUGCAGACGUAAAUCAUGCCCCGGCCGGUUGGGGCGCUUGUAGGCGAAUACCACUCAUCAUCGUCUCCACCGAAUAUUGUGCGCCGUGCCGUACUGCGCUAAUGGACUGUGUCGAGUGCGCGGUAGUUUACUGGAGACCUGCAAACACCCGGACAAGGUCAUUAAGAUACUUUUUCAAACGUCAGUAUUGCUACGAGGAUAUCUUUAGCGGUGGUGGGGGGAGGGAUGCGGUCAUAAGAUUUUCCAGUAAUUUCGUUAUUUUUCCAAGUCAUUCCUUGGCGGCGUUAGAAAUCGUUCACAAACGUUAGAACUUUUUGCGCUUGACCCACAUCAGUCUUCUAACCGCCGUACGGCGUUCGGGUUAUGCAAUCUGAAGCAAUAAAGAACAAACAAACAUCUGCAAACAUUUGCUGAUGGAACACCACUUUGAAGAUGUUGGCUAUUUGUGUGCGAAGAGAGUACUCCAUUUCAUCACGCAUUUCAUCAUAAAACUGUUUGUUAUUCUUCAGCUACCGAGCUCAUUGAAUUCUUUCAAAGCUCCACGUGAGUUAAUGGAGAAAAAAUGGUCCUAUCUUACGCUUACUAUUCUGACAGCUUUUCUCCGUACAUGCGUGUACUUACAGCGCAACAGGACAAGGAAGUGUCCACCAUUGGUGUGUAAAUAGCGCUUUGCUGUUUCAUUAGCUCUCAUUAGACGAUCCGGCUUGGACGGUACCCAAAUUGGCUCAUGUGUCACUCACCUCCCGUGUGAUGAUGAAGAUGACGAAGAUGACACGUCGGCUUCACCUGCUACCCAGUGCAAGUGGUGCCCUAUUAGCAGAUUAGCGAUUACCAAACCGUGCACCAGAAACUGUGUAGCCGUAUGUUUCUGGUUUCAUGGUGAUCUGCUGACUUCUGCCACUAGCCGCCCCCCGGUGCGAUGAAGCCAGUGCGUCUGUGCGUUUGUCCGUGCGGUUUCUGCAUAAUGCCACGCGUUGCGUGCCACGACUCGGCAGUGGUAUGGUCCGGUUUGGGUUGCAUAAUUCUUAAAAUAGAUUAUUCCGCUUCGUUCUUCUUCAUCGGUUUGCAACACGUACGCGCACGCACCAAAAACGCAUCAAUCGUUGUACAGGGUGUUUCUGCUAGUGUUGACAUGGAAUCA